AUGUCUGUAUCCGCGUCCUCCUCGAGGGCUGCCGCUGCAUCGUCCGGUACCCUCGAUGCCACGGCUGCCCCACACACCUCCGACGCUGUGAAGGAGCCGUUCAAGCUUCUGGUGUGGCGUCUCGUUCUGGUUGACACAGCCGAAGACAGGUCGCAAUGGUCUUCACGGGCGAAGCAGCAGUGGGGUGGCGGCAAGCCCCUCUUCGUGUCCGUUAGUAACAAAUUCAAGGAGCAUGGCAGCACGUCGUCGCAGCAGCUGGUGUUUGGUAAUCCACAGCAGUCGCAGCAGCAGCCGUGGAGCGGGAUCGAAUGGCGAGAGAGCAAUAUUAUACCAGUGCCACUGGAUGAUGAUCCUGUGCUGAUGAUCGAGGUUGGCGUGGUCCGGCAUGGCAAGAAAAAUGUGCUGGGGCUUGGUAUAAUCAACACGCAGUCGAUGCUGGCGGAGAACCGCCAGUACACCAAGUUCACCGUUCAUGUGCUGCCGACUCACACCUCGAUUGACGCCUUCACAGUGCACGCGGUGGCAGAGGUGGAGAUCCACAGCGGCCUGCACCACGAGUCACCCGAUCUCAACUUCACCCCGUUAGAGUACAACUACGGAACCGUGCGAGUAUCCACUGUGGACUUUUAUUACCCAUCUUUCUUUCUCACAGGGACGGGUGAGUAUAUUGUCUCCAACGUACUGUGCGCGAUGAACAUGACAGAGUUUAGCUCCCUGGCUAUGCAGUUGGUUCCGUUGCACUCGGCUGCCAGCUACAUUGCCACGGAGCCGUCGCAGGUGAUUACGGUGCGGCCUCAGCAGCGCGUGUACUUUAGUGCUACCUGGAAUCUUGCUAACCGAGCCUGCAUGAAGACGCUGGAAAUGCAACUCAGGGUGAACGGGUCACAGAAGCCAUCAGCACUGGUUCUCAUAAAGGUUCACAACCAGGUCCCGCAGACUUCAGGCAACACAGACCUGCCCUUCCACUACUGGGUGAACACCACGUGUAUCACAAAUCGGCAAAUGCUGCCGUCGCAGGAGUUACCCCUCAUCCAUGCCGUUCUUCCAGUGUACCGCUUUAUUAGUCGCAGCGCCCCCAUCAACCAAACAGAGGGCAUGAUCGUGGCGUUCGACAAAGACAAGGGCGAGCAUGUGUUGGUGCGAGCCAACGGCGUCCCAGUGACAAUGGGCAAGCUUUACGGAACUGGCCAUCAUCAUCAACGGCAAUCGCAGCAGCGCCUGUGCUUGCAGAAGGCAGGCACCAGUGGCUCCGCGCUGAGCAAAGUGGAAAGUAUGGACCUCAAAGCUGUCAGCGACUUGACAUCUCCGUUCGGCUUUGAUACGAACGCCUCCUUCGUUGUGCGGGACAGCCGCGUCAGAAACCCAUUCCCGUCGCGCGGGCCGCUGCUGAAUCUCUCACAGAAGACGUGUUUGUGCACCAUCGCUCUCGGGCUGAUUCGUGGGUUUCCCAUGGUGUACGAGGCCACCACCGGCCUGUCUCCAUCCUUCCAAGUGAGUGUGACACUGCUGGAUCAGCGCGGGUGGCAGAUUGUGCAUGGUGAAACCCUCCCCAGCUACCAUAGCGCCAGCGGCAGCCUGCGGUGGGCGGAGCAGCUGGUCCUGCGGAAGUGGCCAGGAGCGACGUCGCAGCAAUUUGUUCGCCUCAAUCUGACCGAGGUACGACCCCGCGACGGGGACGAGACGCCGAUCGGCGCCGGUCUCAUCUCCCUCCCCAGCAUGCAGCGCCUAUACACACAGAACCCGCUGAGCGUCGCCUUCUAUGUGUACGAGACGUACUCCUUGUACGAUCAACUGAACUCGUCAUCCCUGUUAAUGAAGGACGUCAACGUGAUGUUCUCGGAGCUGCGCUGA